AUGGGAAGACAAUGGGAAGACAAGGAUGCCAUGGAAGUUGCAUAUCCAUCUUUCAACCUUGAGGACAAUGUUGUUUUUAAAGGGGAAGGAAUUGUAAUGAAUGAAACUAGUGAGGGACCUGCAUUAGUGUCUAUGCACGAUUUGAGGGAACUACCGAGUAGCUUUCAACGUCUCACCAUCUUGGCUAGAUUAAGUAUUGAGGAUUACCCUCAGCUGGAGAAGCGGUGCAAGAGCGAAACAGAGCGAGAUUGGCAUUACAUAAAUGCUUUCAAUUCCUGGAACUUGCACGUUUGGGCGGAGCUUUACAUUUUCAUCUCAAAAGAAUUCAAAACAGCAACUAAGAACUCAUAUCUCUUCAUCUCAAAACAAUUCACAACAAACCAAAAACGACAACAAUUCUACGAGUAUGGCCUUGCCUUCGCACGCAACGAGCUUCAGUUGGAGGACGCGACCUACUUCAACCACGAGUUUCUUCAAAGCAUGGGAAUCUCCAUCGCCAAGCACAGGCUAGAGAUCCUCAAGCUGGCGAAGAAGGAGGACGGCAGCGAAAACCAGCGCUAACAAGCUUUCUGGGUCAUCAAGAAGUGCCUGAGGAAGUGCUUCAGCAAGCUGGUUUCAAAGGAGGAUCAUCAAGAAGUGAAGGAGAUGCCUCCGGAGCCAAACUGGUACCAAGGGAAGUGGAGAAGGGCGAGGCACAAUGGGACCAUUGCACUUUCAGGGCCUUUGCACUUUCACAUGACUACUCUCGCGGCGUUAGGAUUUGCAGUUUGCGUGAGCGACGGUUAGGAUUUCUGAGCAGAAGAGAAGGUUUCGCGUGAGCA